UACAAAUAAGCACUGUCAGGGCGACAGCUCUAGAAUCCAGUUUAGCGCAUACACCAGGUAAAUACAGAACACAAGGAUCCCGAGCGACAUACUUUAUGACAAGACUAUCUACAUGUAAUGCCUCUUUUUGCUGCAUAAUCUAGUUGAUUGCUUUAAGAUCCUGUACAACCUGCCCCUGAGACCAAGGCAAAGCCAAAGCGUUUAAUCCGUGUUUGUUUACAAAACCGGAAGUGCAGGUUUAGGACAUAGAAAUGUCCCUCCUUAAGGAGCGCAAACCAAAGAAACCCCACUACAUCCCACGACCUCCAGGCAAACCCUUCAAGUACAAGUGUUUUCAGUGUCCCUUCACCUGCAAUGAGAAAUCUCACCUGUUCAACCACAUGAAGUACGGUCUUUGCAAAAAUUCCAUCACACUUGUAACUGAACAAGACAGAGCAAUUAAAAGCCCCAAAUCAAACUCUUUGGACACAAAGCAAACAAACCUACCAGAAGCUUUUGUAAAACCUUCAUCUUCCUCUUCUCUCACAAACGGACUUGUAACUCAAGACACAAAAGUUCACCAUGAACUGUCUAGAGAUGAAGUGAAAGAAAACUUAGACUUAAAACAUAACAAGGCAAGCCCCAAUGUAGAGAAGGUAGUCAAGGAGUUGCCUCUUUUUUCACCCACAACAGUACACAGCCCUGUCAACAAGCCUCCAAUGCUGGAAGGUGUUUUAAGACCUUCAGCCUUCAUGCCAGUGGGUGAACACAGGUUUUUCAAGGGAGAGGAAAAUUCCAGAACAGCGGAAAUUGUAGCAGUUCAUGGUGAGCGCAGCAAAGGAACACAUAGUGUAAAGUCUGCAUUUCACACCAUACCAGCCACAUGGAAACCAGGAAUUAUUUCACCAGAAUUCUGCCCAAAAGCACUUCCAAGUUAUAUCCGACCCAUGAUACCAGAUUACCCCCCUCAGUUUUAUUCGGAUCCAGGAAUCUCCACAGUGUAUGGCCCUUAUUUGUUUUCAGGAAAUUCAUCUGAAUGUGAAAACUCACUGAUGUCAUUCUAUGCUUCACCUGAUCAAAGACACUUCCUCCCCCAUCACAUGCAAACCUCAAUGCCCCUGCCCAGGCCAAUAAACCCAUCGUUUGAGCAAUAUCCAUUUCUCCCUCGGUUCUCACAAAAUCCACCAAUGCCAUAUGGGCUUUACAGACAAACAGACCACACAUUAUUACCUUAUAGUCUAAAACUCCCUUCAGUUGCAAGUCUCUCCAAAGACCACAACACUCCAACAACUGGAGAUUCACCAUUUGUUUACCAGUCAUCAAGUCCUCCCCAGUUAUAUCCAGUGGAUAGCUUCCAAAAGCAAGCUGAAGGGCAAAAAGAUAUUUCACCAGACCAAACUAAAGAUCUUAGUUCUAAAAAUGAAGCAGAAAGCCUAAAAAUGAGCCCAAGAGCUGGGAGUGCAGCAACAGGCUCCCCUGAGAGGCCAAGUCCCACCAACUUCACCCAGAACAGUCAAGGCCAUGAGGGCAUUUUUGACCUCUCUAGAAAAUCAACAUCACCAGCAGGAAAAUAUGAGAAGCCUGGACAAAGCUUCACAGCCUUCAAGCCAGUGAGGAAAAGAACAGAACAAACCAAUCAAAGCAGAGAAAACUCCUCAUGUGUUCUAAAUGAUGAUGUGAACAAAGAUAACUUCACAAGCCAUGUAUUUACACAUGAGGAUGAGACCAUCGCUCCUCUAAAUCUUUCAAAGAAACCAGAGAUGGAGAUGACUUGUUAUGAGCAAGUGUGUAGUGAUCCUUCUAAGGAUGAAUCUACAGGAUUGGUGGAGACACAGGACAUGCCUCUAAACCUUUCUGUAAAAGACUGUUGCAAAAAAACAACCCUGAGCACCUCCAGUUGUUCAUCACCUGAAAGCUUAUUUUCACAAAGCUAUCAAAUAAAAAACAUAAUAGAACAUAAAGACAUUUGCAAACCUACACAAAUAGACACUAUUGAAAACUGUGAUGAGCAAAAGCAGUCGGCAGCAGUAGCCUUGUGCCAACUGGCAGCAUACAGUCCUGUUGCUGCUUCACGGGCAAGCGAGGAAGAACGUGCUCAGAGUCCUGCUGCUGCUGCUUCCCAUCAGCAACCUGCAGAGAGUGCCCCCCCAAAUGAAGACAAGGAAAGCCAACUCAGAACAAAGGGACAAAAGAGGACACAACCCAAGGAGCUUGGAAAAUCUCAAGGUGGAAACAAAAAGGCUAAAUCUAGUGAUUCUAGUAGAGUCCUUACAUUGAGGAAGAGGCCGCGCAUAUCAUAAAUUGUUAACUUUUGGACUUUUAUUUCAUUCUGAUAUCAAAAAGGAAAAAAAGUUUUCUUCCAAAGAGACACUGUGUUUUGCUGCUGAUUUGAGUUUCCCUUACUGGUAGCGUAUAUUUUCCCAUAUAAAAAUAUUUUCUUCUUCCUUGGCUGUGAGAAGGGAACAGUAUUAUGCCUUUCUGGCAGCCAAGGAGUUAAAGCAAUAAACACUGAUCUUGCUUUGUAUUUUACGCACAUCCACACUGAAGUGUUAAUGCACUAAAGGUAUUUGAAGUUUAUAUUAUGUUGUAAAUAUUGGACUGUAGUGUCCGGUGUAAAUAGAUUUUGGCAGUAAAAAAAUUCAGUUCAUUGGAUGCUAAUAUUUAGCUCUAAGGACUUUACAAGAACUUCCACGGUAAGCACGAAAUAUUAAACAAUAUAAAGAAAGCACAACAGUUUUAUAAAUAAAAUCUAUCAACAUAUUGUCCACAGGGUGAAUCUGAAUACAUUUACUUGACAAAGUGCCCCAGCUGUAAAAUUUGUAUAUUUCACGAUAAUAUUUAAUAUUUUUUUAGGAAUAUUAUAUAAAUUAAUUGAUCAAUUUUGUCUAUUUUGAGGGGGAAAACUUAGUUGUUUUUAAAUGUCUAAACUGUGUUCUCUGUACAGGAUACAAAACACAGCUUCCAUGUGAUAUUUAUGAUUGUAUUUAUUUUGCCGCAAACAAACAUUGCAGGAGAAAGUCCUGUGUCUGCCGUCUAGCUCUCAUGCGUUUUGUUUUGUCGUUGUAAUACAUUGGCUUUGACGUAAAAACACUGUAUCAUACAAAUGUCACCAUUUCUUAGUAACUAACCCCAGUGAUCUGUUCAGUUGGUAAAAAAAAGUAUCAACCAAUAAACUAUUUUCUAUUAGAA